AAAUAGCUGAGAAGGAGAAAAACGGAAAAAAAAAACCAUCCCCUUUGUGGAGCCUUCUGCCAGGAGUUCAGGAAUUUCAGCAGAGUGGUCUUUUGGCAUAAACUGAUUUUUCAAGAGACAUUCCUGCCAUUAUGAAUGAAGUAGCAAUAGUGAAGGAAGGGUGGCUUCACAAACGAGGAGAAUACAUAAAGACAUGGAGGCCGAGGUAUUUUCUUCUGAAGAACGAUGGCACGUUCAUCGGCUACAAGGAGCGACCGCAGGAUGUUGACCAGAGGGAAUCACCUUUAAAUAACUUUUCAGUAGCUCAGUGCCAGCUGAUGAAGACAGAACGACCUAAACCAAACACAUUUAUCAUUAGAUGCCUCCAGUGGACCACAGUAAUUGAAAGAACAUUUCAUGUGGAGACUCCAGAGGAGCGGGAAGAAUGGACAAAAGCCAUCCAAACAGUAGCAGACAGCCUCAAGAAACAAGAGGAAGAGAUGAUGGAUUUUAGGUCUGGCUCUCCCAGUGAUAAUUCAGGUGCUGAAGAAAUGGAAGUUUCUAUGACAAAGCCAAAACACAAAGUGACCAUGAAUGAAUUUGAAUACCUUAAACUACUGGGAAAAGGCACUUUUGGAAAGGUCAUUUUAGUUAAAGAAAAAGCAACCGGGCGGUAUUAUGCUAUGAAAAUUCUGAAGAAGGAAGUUAUUGUAGCAAAGGAUGAAGUAGCACACACGCUGACAGAAAACCGCGUCCUGCAGAACUCGCGGCAUCCGUUCCUGACAGCUUUAAAGUAUUCCUUUCAGACACAUGAUCGCUUGUGUUUUGUUAUGGAGUAUGCGAAUGGAGGCGAGUUGUUUUUCCACCUGUCAAGAGAGCGUGUCUUUUCGGAAGACCGGGCUCGGUUUUAUGGCGCUGAGAUUGUUUCAGCACUGGAUUACCUGCAUUCAGAGAAGAAUGUGGUUUAUAGAGAUUUGAAGUUGGAAAAUCUUAUGCUGGAUAAAGAUGGACACAUAAAAAUAACAGACUUUGGACUAUGUAAAGAAGGCAUCAAGGAUGGAGCAACAAUGAAGACUUUCUGUGGCACUCCAGAGUAUCUUGCACCAGAG